AUGGUGUAUCUAACUACUAGUAAUUUUACAAGAGCUAAAAUAGUAUUUCAUUCUUAUUGCCAUUACAAGAGACUGAACUCAGACCCACCUCUCUGCCUUUCCACCUCUCUGUCUUUUCCACCUCUCUGUCUUUUCCACCUCUCUUUCUCUUUCCACUUUACACUUUUACCACCUCUCUCUCUCUUUCAAACGCGCUCUCUUUCCACCUCUCUCUUUCCACCUCUCACUCUUUCCACCUCUCUCUCUUUGCAAUCUGUGCCCUUUUCCACCUCUCUCUUUCAUUCCGUCUCUUUUCUUUUCUCUUUCUCUCUCUUUCAAUCGCGCCUCUUUCCACCGCUCUCUUUCAAUCGCGUUCUCUUUCCACCUCCCACUCUUUCCACCUCUCUCCAUUCCAUUUUCACCUCUCUUUGCGCCUGUCCUUGCUUUUCCACCUUCUCUCUCCGGCAAUCGCGUUCUCUUUCUUUCUCUCUCUCUUUCCCUCCUCUCUCUCUCUUUCCAUCUCUCUCUUUCCACCUCUCUUUCUUUCCACUCUCUCCAUCUUUUCUCCUUUCUCCAUAUUUUUCCUGCUCUCUCUUUCUUUCCAAUCGUCCGUCUCUUCUUCAAUCCUUCUCUUUCUUUCAAUUCUUCCCCAUCUCUCUUUUUCCCCUCUUCUCUUUCUCUUUCUUUCCAUCUCUCCUCCUUCCCCUCUCACUUUUCCACCUCUCUCUUCCUUUUCACUUUUCUUUUCGUUUCCACCUCUCACUGCUUUUCCACUUCCCAUCUCUCAUUAAAUCCUUUACAUCUUCUUUCCACCUCUCUCUUUCCACCUCUCGGUCGUCUCUCUUUCAUAAUGAUUUAAAUUUCAUUUUCGUCUCUCUUUCCACCUCUCUGUCUUUUCACUUCUCUCCCUUCCACCUUUCUCUUUCCACCUUUUGUCUUUUCCACAUCUCUCUUUUUAUACCUUUCUCUUUACUUUCUCUCUUUCUUUCCACCUCUCUGUCUUUUCCACCUCUCUGUCUUUUCCACCUCUCUUUCUCUUUCCACUUUACUCAUUCCACCUUUUCGUCUUUCCACAUCUCUCUUUACACCUUUCUCUUUCCACAUCUCUGCCUUUCCACCUCUCUGCCUUUCCACCUCUCUGUCUUUUCCACCUCUCUGUCUUUUCCACCUCUCUUUCUCUUUCCACUUUACUCAUUCCACCUUUUCGUCUUUCCACAUCUCUCUUUACACCUUUCUCUUUCCACCUCUCUGUCUUUUCCAUCUCUCUUUUCCACCUCUCUCUUUUUUCCACCUCUGUCUUUUUCCACCUCUCUUUCUCUUUCCACCCUCCUCUCUCUCCCUUUUUCCACAUUUCUUUCUUUUGUGCACUUUACUCAUUCCACCUUUUCGUCGUUCCACAUCUCUCUUUACACCUUUCUCUGUCCACAUCUCUGCUUUUCCACCUCUCUCUCUCUCUUUUUUUCCACCUCUCUUUCUUUUCCACCUCUCUCUCUCUUUUCUUCCACCUUUCUUUUCACAUUUCCACUCUCUCCUUUCUUUUUCACCUCUUUUCCACCUCUUUUUCGUCACCCUGUUCCACAUCCACUCUUUUUCCACCUUUUCUCUUCCACAUCUCUCUUUUCCACCUCUCUGCUUUCCCCACUCUGCUGUUUUUCCACCUCUCUGUCUUUUCCACCUCUCUUUCUCUUUCCACUUUACCUUCCACCUCUUCGUCUUUCCACCUCCUUCUCUUUCCACUUCUCUUUCUUUUCCACCUUUCUUUUCCACUUCUCUCCCUUCCACCACCUCUCUUUUUCCACCUCUCUCCUUUUUCACCUCUCUUUCUUUUCCUCCUCUUUUCUCUUUCCCUUCUUUACUCAUUCCACCUUUUCGUCUUUCCACAUAUCUCUUUACACCUUUCUCUUUCCACCUCUCUGCCUUUCCACCUCUCUGCCUUUCCACCUCUCUUCCAUUUUCUUUCCACCUCUCUCUCCCUUUUCACCUUUCUUUGCGUUCCACUUUGCUGGUCCACCUUCCGUCUUUCCACAUAAUACUGAUUUCUUUCUUCCACCUCUCUGUCUUUCCACCUCUCUCCUUUCUUUUCUCUGUUUUCCCAUUCUCUCUUUUCCACCUCUCUCUCUUUCCACCACCUCUUUGCCACCUUCUGUGUCUUUCCACCUCUUUGCGUCGUUCCACCUUUUUUCUCUUUCCACAUCUCUCUUUCUUCCACCUCUCUUUCCUUCCACACUCUCUUUUCUUUCCAUCUCUCUGUCUUUCCACCUCUCUCUUUCCACCUCUCUCUCUUUUCCCCUUCUUUUUCGUUCCACUUCUACUUUUCCUCCACCUUUUCCGUCUUUCCACAUGGAUUUCUCUUUCUUCCACCUUUCUCUUUCCACCUCUCUGUCUUUCCACCUUCUCUCUUUUCCAUCUCUCUCUUUUCCACCUUCUUUACACUUUCUUUUCCACUCGUGUGUGCUUCCGUCUUUUCGUCUUUCCACCGUCUCUCUUUUACAUGGAUCUUUCCACAUCCACUCUCUUUCCCACCUCUCUGCCUUUCCCAUCUUCUCGUCCGUCUCUCCUUCCACCUCUCUCUUUUUCCUCUCUUUCUCUUUUCUUUCUUUUCUUUUACUCUUUCCAUCUUUUGCAUCUUUCCACAUCUCUCUUUACACCUUUCUCUUUCCACAUCUCUCUUUUCCCCCUCUCUCCUUUCUUUCUCUUUUUCCAUCUCUGUCCCUUUCCACCUCUCUCUUUCCACCUCUCUCUCUUUUUCAUCUUUCUUUUGUUUUUUUCCAUUCUCUUUCUUCCCACCGUUCUCUUUCCAUCUCUCUUCCACCUCUCUGUCUUUCCACUCUUCUCCAUCCUCUUCCACCUUUCUCUCUUUCCCCUUCUCUUUUCUUUUUCUCUUUCUCUUACUCUUUCUUUUUCCACCUCUCUGUCUUUUUCCUCUCUCGUCCGUCCUCUUCCAUCUCUUUUUUAAGUUUCUUUCCACUUCUCUCUUUCCACCUUUCUUUUCUCUUCUGCCUUUCCAUCUCUCUCUCUUUCCACCUUUCUGUUUUUCCUUCUCUCUGUCUUUUCCACCUCUCUUUUCACUUCUCUUGCGUGGUGCCUCUCUGUCUUUCCACCUCUCUCUCUUUUCCACUCUUUCCCACCUUUCUCCUUUCCACCUCUCUCUUUCCACCUCUCCCUUCAACAACAAAAUAA